CUGACAUGCACUGUUCUCUCAGCUUCUCUCUUAGUCCAGUUAUAGGAACACAGACAGCUGUGGAAAUAGCAGACUUCCAGCCAUGAAUCUCCGAGUCAGUACUUGUUUUGUGAUGCUUACCUAUUGCUUCUGGUAUGGAGAUGCUCGAAAGUAUAAUAAGAUACUCAUUGUGAAAAAUGGAGCCCCAUGGGGUGAUUGGGCUAAACCAAAAUUCUGUAAGGAAGGAUAUGCAAAGGGAUUCGCGUUGAAGGUAGAGGACUACCAAGGUAGUUUGGCAUGGAAUGAUGAUACAGGCUUGAAUGGCAUCCGUCUUUACUGUGAUGAUGGUCAAGCAGUAAUGUCCAAGAGUGGAGAUUGGGGAGCAUGGAAAAAAGCUAUAUAUUGCCCUAAAGGGCACCUGAUGUCCUUCUCAUUGCAAGUGGAACCUUAUCAAGGGACUGUAGUUGAUGAUUCUGCAGCAAACAACGUCAGAUUCGGCUGCUCUGAAGGGGCUGUCCUGACAGGUGACUCACACAAUUGGGGGUAUUUUGGUGCAUGGAGCGAAUCCUGCUCUUCCGGUGCCAUAUGUGGGGUUCAGACAAGGAUUGAGCCCCCACAGGGGAAUAAUGAUGAUACAGCACUGAAUGAUGUGAAGUUCUUCUGCUGUGACUGAGACCUAGACUUUCAGCACAUCAAAUGCAUGUUAUC